CCCUUGAUUCACCAUCACGAUGAUAUGCUUGCUCUGCUGAUUCAUCCCCUGCCCCCUCAUGCUGCAUGGGGACCGACAUGGGCUGGGCAGCAGGCCAUUCGCCUUUCUCUUGCAGCUGGAGCUGAUACGUAGAAUGUGCCUCCUGCAGCAUAGGGUGACUGACAUAGAUCCUUUCCCCCCUCUAUCAACAUACAUCCUCUGUGUGCCAUAGACCCAGCAAUUAUCACCUACCUGGCCGUGUCGAUGUUGGGCUUUUCCUGUCAUAAGACGCGGCUCCACCAGACGGACAAGCCGAGCUCGGCGGCUCGCUCUUCUGCAACUCAGCUGCACCAGCCGACGAGAUGGCCAACGACGCCGAGGCACUGCUGUCAGUGGCCUGGGGGUCUUCAAAGUCGAUGACUUUCCACGUCCAGCCGUCCUCGUCUGUCUUGACGCGAUGCUCCACUGUCCAUCGACCAUUGCAGCAGAGAGGAAGAGAGAAGACAGAGUGUGCGGAUCCCUCUGUGUGAAUAUGUGGUUGUGUUGGGUGGGUACCUGUCUGUCUGUCUGUCUGUCUGUCUGCCCUUUGCACGUGGCGGCGAGGUGCUGUGCUGUUGGUCCAUCUUGAUGCGGACAUCCCGCCCACCGGUGUCUGGCGGCACAACAACACUCACCGUCAGCCCAUAAGGCGACUGAGACCUGACCGCAGGGAAAGAAACCAUGCAUCUGUGUCAUGCUGUCCCUCCCUCCCUGACCAGUAGUAUCUGUCAGUGGCCCGUCAUUCUUCGUCAGAACCGCUGGCCAGGCCGCCUGGCCUCGCACAGAGUGGGAGCGCCCCUGUCCAUGUCCAUCAGCUCUUCGGCAGGCCACUCAUCGCCUCGCUCAUCAUCAUCAUGGGCGGGCCAGAGACGGGUGGGUAGUGGUGUCUGCCAGUGGCCCUGCCAUUCCUUGUCAGAUCCCCUGGCCAGGCCGCCUGGCCCCGCACACAAUGGGAGGGCCCCUGUUCGAUGCCCAUCAGCUCUUCGGCAGGCCACUCACCGCCUCGCCCGUCAUUACCCGCGGCAGAUCUUCGGUUUUCUCGACCCGUGGCGGGGCGGAGGGGCAGCAGCAGCACUUGCCGACGGCCGGAUGAGGGACUUGUCCUUUCUGCCGCCACCGUAACGUCACCUUCUGCGGCGCAUCAAAUCUCGUGACUGUCGGCUGCCUGCGGCUGCUUGUUUCUUCUCCAUUGUCGUCGCUGACGUCGAUGUGGUCCCAUUUGCAGUGAUCAAUCAUUCUCGGCCGUGAUGAUUGCGAGCUCGGCAAAUGAGCUCGCCCUUCGAUGUCUGGAUUGGCGUGUUGUACAGCGAAUUGCAAUCCGUGAGUGCCCCGGAGGUCGGCCUCCUCGAUAAAAGCCUCGGCUGAAAGAGAGCCAUCGCUCAUUCAAUUCUGCUCGACACAUCCGC